AUGAGAGCUCUAAAAGCUAUCUUUUUUGGGACCAAAAGGAAAGAUAAAUUCAUCUACAUCCGAGCUCUUCAAAGAGUUAAAAAAGAUGUUUUAAGCCCAGAAGAUCAAGACCAUGUAAAUGCUUAUCAAUUAGCUAGCGUUUGUAUUAGAUUUGUAGCUGCCCCUAUCUCACUAGCUGCUGCUUAUUAUAUCCCUAUUCCUGAUUUUUUAUAUCCUAUCCCUACAAGAAUCUGCACUUUUUUAUUAUGUUACCGUUCGAUAAGUAUCCCAGUUAUUCUGCCAAGUCUGGAUUGUUUAAAACAAAUUGCUUUAAAAUACGAUUUAAUAAAUAGGCCUGAUUUAUUGACCCCUCCAGUGCAUCAAAUUUAUGAAGUAGAUCAGGAACUUGAUAGAGGAAAGGAGAAAAAUGAUGAGACGUUUAAAGAGUAUCAAAAAAGGAUAAAAGAAACUGAAAUAAGGCUGCGCGAAGCGUAUGAGCUUGAUAAACGCUAUAAGAAAAGUGUAAGCAAUGAAAGCUUUGAAGAAUAUAGGGAUCAAAAGUUAAGCUAA